AUGCUAUUUGUGCAGGUAUUCGCUCAAUCUGCAAAGACGGUGAAAGCUGAUGCAUCAGGCUUGCAGAAAGCGCUGAACGGAACUGAAAUGACUGACAGUCGAUGCACGAGCAAGGAACUGAAAGAAAUCAUGACUAAGAUCUCCUAUCGUACACCGUCAAUAACUAAACGCCUUAUACAAAGGAUAGCCGAGGAGAAAUUAGGAGGGUUCUUCGCGGUGUUUUGUUCCAAGGAUGACUUCACCUACGUCUCUCGAGGCAAAGUGUACUGCCAAGCGGAGCGCGACGGGGUCAUCUGCUAUGCUUUCCAACACAGCUGA